GAGAAGAGGAAAAUGAGACAGAGAGGAGAUGGGAGGGAAAGAGGAAGGACAGGAAAUCUAAAGAGAGGAGAGCAAGAUAGAUAGAUAGAUAGAUAGAUAGAUAGAUAGAUAGAUAGAUAGAUAGAUAGAUAGAUAGAUAGAUUGACUUUUCUCUUAGAGUUUUCAUUCAUUAACAGCAGGAGAGGGUAGGAGGAGCACCACUUUCUCUCUCCAACACACACACACACACACACACACCCAUCUCACGCACAUACACGUGCAUUUACAAACACCAACACACACACACUCUUGCUGCGGAGAGCGACGGACUCCCCUCCCCUGUGACUCCAGGGGGAGAGGGGAAGCGACAGAUUUUAUUGCUCACACGCACACAGACUAAUCACACAAUCAUAGACGAGCGCACACUCUUUCUGUGUCUCUCUAAUCUCACACACCCAGAAAAGCCCAUGUGUUUCAGAGUGGACCAGCAACUGAGGGAUGCACCAUGAAGUCUCAGCAGAAGUGCAUUGUGAUCUUUGCGUUGGUGUGCUGCUUCGCCAUACUGGUGGCGUUGAUUUUCUCAGCUGUGGACAUUUGGGGUGAAGAUGAAGACGGAAUCACAGAGGAGAACUGCAGCAAGAACUGCAGAGUAGUACUUGUUGAGAACAUCCCAGAAGACAUCUCCUUCUUAGACAAUGGUACGUCCCACCUCCCUCUUUCAGCGGGGCUCUACAACUUACUGGACCAAGCUAUCCGGGUUGUGGAGAUAGUUUCCCCGCUGUGGCUCCUCAACUCCUCUGAUUAUGAAUCCAGUUUUCAGCCUGCUGCCAGACAGGGCAGGGAUCUGCUGUCCAGGCUGCAGGGGCUGAAAGCGAAAGGAAUCCAGCUGAAGAUCUCCAGCGGGAUGAUUGACUCGACUGAGCUCAGGACGCUCGCCAGACACAAUGCUGAGGUCCACUAUGUGAAUAUGACAGCUCUGACCAAAGGCCACCUCUUCUCCUCCUUCUGGGUGGUUGACAGGAGACAUAUCUACAUUGGCAGCGCCAGCAUGGACUGGAGAUCCCUGGCCACAAGGAAGGAGUUGGGUGUGUUGGUGUACAACUGCAGCUGUCUGGCUCUGGACCUCCACAGAGUGUUCAGUCUCUACUGGGGGCUCCAAUACAAAGACUUCAUCCCCUCCUUCUGGUCCAAACGCCUCUUUGCUCUCUUCAACAAGAACGCCCCUCUGGAGCUCACUCUCAACAGCACCAAGGCUCAGGCCUACGUCUCUAGCUCCCCAGAUGUUUUCAUCCCCAAAGAUCGUAGCAGUGAUCUGGAAGCCAUUUCCUGGGUCAUCCAAGAGGCCCGGCAUUUCAUAUAUAUCUCCAUCAUCGAUUACCUACCCCUCCUCAGCAGCAAUGCCCACAGGUACUGGUCUCGUAUCGACGGACUUAUCCGGGAGGCUCUGAUCCUGAGGAAGGUGCGGGUCCGUCUGCUGAUAAGUUGCUGGGAAAAGACUCAUCCACUUACAUUUAACUUCAUCUGGUCUCUGAGGAGUCUGUGUAUGGAGCAGGCCAACUGUUCACUAGAAGCUAAAUUCUUCAACCCUAGAGUGCAGAGGGAUGGCAGUCUCCAGGGAAUAAACCACAACAGGUUUAUGGUGACCGACAAAGCCAUUUAUUUAGGUAACCUUGACUGGGUGGGGAAUGAGUUUACCUUUAAUGCUGGAGCAGGUCUGGUGAUCAGUCAGCCAGAGGGUGUUGAGGAGAGGAAUUCCACAGUGGUGGAGCAGCUACGGGCUGCAUUUGACAGGGACUGGUUUUCACGUUACACCCGCUCCCUGCAGGCCAAUAAGAUCCCUGUUUGCAACAAGCACCAGAUCAACAGGCUUGUGCCAGUGAAAACCAGCCACCUAGACAAUGGACCAGUGCCUAUCAGAACAGGCCAGCAUGAUAACGGACCUGCACCAAUGAGAAACAGUCACAAAGAUGACGGGCAGACGCCGAUCAAAACAAGACACCAUGACGACAGACUAAGCAAAAUUAGCCACCAAGGCAAUGCAAAUGGACUGGUGCCAAUUAUAGACAGUUACCAAGAGAGGGGACAAGUCAAAAUAAGUCACCUUGAAAACAGACAGGUGCAAAUCAAAGGUAAUCACCACGACAAUCCAAUGGAUCCACCCAGUCAGUCAGCUGAGAGCAGCGGCAGCAGAGAGAUCUCCAAUGGAUCACUGUGACUGCAAAGCACGAUGGGUUCCUCUCCACUGAAUGAUGUUUGGAGAAUUGAUCUCUUCCAGUGACAAUGGACUUAUAUCACUGGACCUUUGUAGCAUUUUAUUAUUGUCAUUUUGUAGAGAACAAAAUAUUUGAAGAUUAUAAUAUCUGGUUUGCAGGACUUGAUAAUGUACACGGAAGAACUCAGGAAGGAAAGGAGACACUUCUCUGCAGUCUGGCAUGUUUGACUGAUUCUUUAAGAACAAAACCAAAAACAUUUUGGUUAAGAAAAAAUAUUGAUUAAUAUACUGUAAUAACUUACCACCUUGCUACUUAUUUAAACUUUUACCGUCCUUGUUGAAGCAAAAGGGACAAGGCUGAAUUCUACUGAUUGUCUAAUUAUUGUAAGUCACUUAAGCUGUUUAUGGCAGCCGUAUUUAUCACCCUUUAAAAGGGAGAAUGACUACUGCAUGCCUACGCAGAGAUGGGAGGCAAUUGAGCAUAUGUAGCUACACUCGUUACAGGUAGCAUUCAAAAUACACUCCAACGUAGUGGAAGAUUAAUCACACAGCUUUUCAUGUUGUGGAUUUCUUAAUUGCCUCAGAAACUCAGAUGGGUAGUGGGUGCUUUGGCCUACAGUAAAUUAUUUUGUGCUUCUCAAGCAGUACACCGAGUAAGUUACUGUGCACUGAACUCAUUCCAGACCAAAUCAGCCAGAAACCAUAAGUUUAAUAGACAACAUUUGGUUAAAUAAAAAUGAAUGGAAACAGACAACCUCAUAUGGCCCUGUUAAAUAAUUUAUUCAACUGUGUGUAAAGAUGAACAGAAUUUGUGUUUUUCUGUUAAAAUAUGUUGAACUCUUCAACAUUUAAACUUAUUUAGAACUAAUAUUUAUUAACACAGAUGCCUGUAAAAGAUUUUUAAACAUUUCCAAAAUUAAUCAUUUUUACUCUCACUGCUAAAACUAUUGAACAUUGCCAUUAGUCUUGUGAUGGAAACUGCCUGUAAAUCAUUUUGAGUACUGCCCCACAGUUGGGGGGCUCUAAAAGUAUUGAUCAAUUCAUGUCCACCAUGUUUUAAUCUCAGUGCCACAGAUGCUAAACACUGUACAGACACCGCUUAUGUAACCUAGGACUCGAUGCAUCGUAUAUCUCUCCAUAGCAGGAUGGUGGAUAUUAAAAUGUUUUAUUUUAUAGAGGGAAUAAUUGAAUUAGAUGAUGCACUUAUUCUGUACAGCCUUCUAUACAGCCUUCAUUACAGUAUUUUUUCCCCGGAGUCAGAGAGGCUAUUGAUCUGAAAGGGCCUUAAAGAUAAUCAUUACUGUUUCCAUAUACAAAUCCUAGGAAAAGAAGAUGAAUUGAAAGGAUAUCUAUAGUAUCCCUCCAAAUGCAAUGUUGUGACUUAUUGAACAAAUACUGAGGAAGCAGUUUGAAAAAAGGGGCCAAAGGGUCUCUGCUGUCAACCAAAUCAAUACAAUGAAUUUUUAACAGAGCUUGACAGUUGCAGUUGCUGCAGUUUAACCCCAAGGACACGGUGGCCUGUAAUGUCAUGCCUGUGACUGAAUAUAUAUUACCUUUAACAUGUGGAGUCAGAGCUAGAAAUACAAGAUUGUUAGUAAAGAUCAAGUAAUUUACACUUGCUUGUAGCAACUUUCAUUUGUAUUUUGAAUGAUUGCAUGUCAGUUUAAGAUCUUUAUAUUCUCUUUGCUAUGAGGGCAAUUUUUAGCAGCAAUGCUUGUGGGUUUAUGUUGUUUGAGGCAUUUUUAACUUCCAAAGCCAUUAAUCAAGGAAAUAGGAAAACAUUACCAGAGAGAGCUCCACAGUGAUGUCUUCAUCAACAAUUUGCAGGUUGUUAUGGUCAGUGCUUUAACGUGAAAGCCACACAGGUGUAAUCAGUGUUUUGUCUGAAUUCAAUUAGCAAGAUGAAUUAAAUAAUUUCAUUCUGCUGAUAAAGUGAAGCUCUCACAGGAGUAAAAAGAAAAACAGAUAGUCAUUGUGGGUAAUAAUACAGAGCUGAAACAAUUAGUUGACUGAUUAAUUUGUCAACCAACAACAAUUUAUCAGCAACUAUUCUGGUAAUAGAAAAUGUGAUGGGUAGGUUUCAGACAUUUUAUGGACCAAACUAUCAACUGAUUAAUCAGUAACUCAACUGCCAGCUUCAUCAAUAAUGAAAAUAAUCAUUAGCAGAAGGCCUGGAAUAAUAUAACACCAGAUUUUGGUGGAAACCAUCUAGUGUUACACCUAUUUUCAGAGCAAGUACAGUGUGUACAGUAUAUGUGCCUGCUCUGUUUUUGAUACAGGUCAAAUAUAAGCCACAAUACAGACUCAGUCCUGUCAUAACAUGUUCCCUAUAUGUACAGACAGGAUGCAUGCAGCUUAACCUUAAUACCAGUGAAAAGUUGAACACUUUGUCACUCAAAAACACGCCCCUCAACAAUUGUAAUCUGGUCAUGAUGAAUAACGUCUGCCAUCUAGAGGAUGUCACGAGAAAGAACAUUUCUUUUUAACUGCUACAAUAUGACAUGAAAAUCAGCCUUGAUUAAGUAUACAAGUUGGUUCAUAACUACUGUUUAUAUGUCUGAACUGAAAUUAUGUUGAUAGUUAAUAUUUCUUGAUAUCAAGAGAUCAGAAAAUUAUUAAUUCUUUGAGAAACAGCACAUAUAGUAGUCACGGGAUACUACAGGAUCAUGUGAUGUUAAUAUAUUAAACACCCAGAGUAAAACAUGUAAUUUAAAAAACAAUUAAGUGUUUAAUUCUAACAUGCAAAAAACUAAUUUACUUUAAAUAUUACUUUUUUGCUGCUGCGCUGACACUUUUUCUGUAAGAGACAUGGUCAUUAACCCAUUCGUAAACCGAUUCAUAUCUCGUGACACUAAUGUCUAUAUAAACACAAUCACCUGUGUCACCUGUAGAACAGUUUCUCCAUACAGAGUGAGUAUGUAGCUUGAAAAGCAUUAUCUCAAUAAUAACAGCCACUUAUUUUCACGUAAAGCACUAUGUCCCCAUGCUGCAUUGCUUGUAAUCUGACAGCUUGUAGUCAGAUUCACUACUUUAUGCUGCUAUAUGAUUAUUAUACAAGGGCAGGAAUGCUCAUAAUGCAUCCUAUACCCAGGACUUUGUGUACUUUAAUUGUUUACUUGUUCAAAAACUGUUGACCAACAGAGACUGUUUUCCAGUUAGCGUGAACGAGAAUGCAGAUGCCAAGGUUUGAAAUCAGCAAUGGUUUACAGUGUGCUACAUUCAAAUGACAAAAUCCAAGAAAAAAAAAGUGCUUAUGUAUCACCAGGUGUGCACUGACAGUCUGUCCAUCUUUCCAGUGAGACUAAGGAAAAAUGAGCAACUUUCAAUACUCUGUGACAGAUAAGGUUUUUCUGGAAGCUGGAAUGGAAAGUAGAUGGGUUUGAAAUUGUUGCAUAGUUAAACACAAUGAUGGUCACUGUAAAAGCUUUUUAAUGUCGCCUACCUUUAUUCUGUUGAAUUUUUCGGCAUGACUGCUGCUUGCAUGCCUUGCCUUUAUGAACUGUGCACAGUAGCUAUGAGCCUUUGUAGAGAUGAUGAUAUUAAUGAAAUCUUAUAUACCUUUAAAAAUACAGAAGGAAUGUAUAUUUAUUGAAUAUCCUUGUUAAUGCACACUACUGAAUUAUCUGACCACUACAUUUUUACUCUUAAUAAAAAAUAAGUUACACUCA